GGACCUAAAACCCACUUGAUUCACAUAAAACGCAAAACGGAAAACUGAACACUACCGGAGCGGUUUUUGAUCAGAAACAAACAGUCAAUCAUAACUGAAAUCCCUUGAACAGUUGAAUCGUCUUCUUCGUCGCCUUCUUCUUUAAUCGCAGUUCAGUUCAUGCCGCAUUAGAGUAUCUCGAUGCAAAUUAAACCCUAAAUCAAAAGAAAAGUAGAAGAAAAUGGAGAUAGAAUUAGAGCCAAGAGUGAAACCACUUAGCUACAAAGUCAAAGCAACAUCUCGAGAAUCUCCGUCGCAAAAAGCUUCUCACAUUCUCGACUCUGACCUUCGCUCUCACUGGUCCACUGGCACUAAUACCAAAGAAUGGAUCCUUCUUGAACUCGACGAACCUUGCUUGUUAUCGAAUUUACGGAUAUAUAAUAAGUCGGUACUCGAAUGGGAGAUUUCAGUUGGUUUGCGUUAUAAGCCAGAGACAUUUGUAAAAGUCCGCCCUCGUUGUGAAGCACCUCGUCGUGAUAUGAUAUACCCGAUGAACUACACUCCAUGCCGCUAUAUACGAAUAUCUUGUUUACGUGGAAAUCCAAUAGCCAUUUUUUUCAUUCAGCUGAUUGGGGUAUCAUUGCCUGGUCUUGAACCAGAGUUUCAACCAGUUGUAAAUCACUUACUGCCAAACAUUAUAUUGCACAAGCAAGAUGCUUACGAUAUGCAUCUUCAGUUGCUUCAAGACAUGACAGACCGAUUACUAGUCUUUCUUCCCCAACUUGAGGCAGAUCUCACUAGCUUCUCAGAUGCUGCUGAUCAGAACUUACGCUUCCUUGCAAUGCUUAUGGGUCCACUGUAUCCAAUACUCCACGUCGUGAAUGAAAGAGAAGCUGCAAGGUCUUUGGGCAGUAAUUCUGACUGUGAAGUUCCUAAGAGCAGUCAGCCUUUGUCUUCCUUAACUGUCUCUUCUAACUUUGAGCCAAGAAGAUCACGAAGCACGUCUCCAACUUCCAGUUCUAUGGUGUUCCGUCCCGACAUGAUUUUUGCUUUGCUAAGAAAGGCAUACAAAGAUUCAGAUCUGGGAGCUGUUUGCAGAAUUGCUUCAAGAAUCAUGUACAAGCUUGUAGAGCCUGUUACAGUGCAAGAAGUAUUAACCACUACAAAUGAAGUCACAUCUGCUUUAGAGGAGACAUCACAGUUUGAAGUAUCAAAUCCUGUUCCUCUAGUUGAUUACUCUAGCUUGCUUGGUGAAGAAUUUCAGAUAGUGGAUGAUAAUUGGGAUUCUAGCAUUCUUAAUCUCUUGGAUAUUGGGGCAGUGGAAGAAGGCAUUUUACAUGUUCUUUAUGCUUGUGCGUCUCAGCCUUUACUUUGUCAUAAAUUGGCAGAGAGCACAGCUAAGUUUUGGUCUGCUUUACCGCUUGUUCAAGCAUUGCUGCCAGCACUUAGACCUUCUGUGAGUAGCCUUUGUGAACAGGAUGAUGUCUUUUCUCAAUGGAAACAGCCUUUUGUACAACAAGCCCUUUCCCAGAUUGUAGCGAUGUCUUGUUCGGCAAUGUAUCGUCCUCUGCUUCAUGCCUGUGCCGGCUAUUUGUCAUCAUAUUCACCAUCACAUGCUAAAGCUGCAUGUGUGCUGAUUGAUUUGUGUUCUGGUGUGCUAAGACCUUGGAUGGCCCAGGUCAUUGCAAAGGUUGAUCUAAGUGUGGAAAUUCUGGAGGACCUUCUGGGCACAAUACAGGGUGCUCGCCAUUCCCCAGCUCGUGCACGCGCUGCCCUCAAAUAUAUUGUGCUGGCUUUGUCUGGUCACAUGGAUGAUAUGUUAAGGAAAUAUAAGGAAGUUAAGCACAAAAUUCUGUUCCUUCUGGAGAUGUUAGAGCCUUUUCUUGAUCCUGCUAUCUAUGCAUUGAAGAGCACCAUUGCAUUUGGUGACAUGUCUUUCACUUUGAUGGAGAAGCAGGAAGAAGCUUGUGUGAUUGCUCUCAAUGUCAUACGUACCGCUGUUCAAAAGUCAGGUGUUCUUUCUUCGUUAGAAUCAGAAUGGAGGCGUGGUUCAGUUGCUCCUAGUGUACUUCUUGCAAUCUUGGAGCCUCACAUGCAGCUGCCUCCUGAAAUUGACCUUUGCAAAUAUCCUACAUCUAAACAUGUUGAGAACGAGUCUUCAGCUGCUCUUUCGUUUUCAGUUCACAAUUCAGGAGCUACUUCAAAAUUAAAUGGCCAAGAUGAUUCUGAUGGAAAAGUAGAUGUUUCUGAUAAUGGUGCAAAGUUUGAUACAUUUGAAGAUGUCAGUCUUCUUUUUGCCCCUUCGGAAUUACGAACCACAGUACUGACAAAUGUUUCUGGCAGCUCCAAUGAACAUAUCUUGGAAGCAAACUCUAAGGAUGCCAACUUGGAAUUAAAGCAUAUUAUUUACAAAAAAGUUUCUCAUCUGUUUCCAAAUGGCGUGAUUUUAGAUACUGGUUUGGCUGCCGAAUACUCCAACUUGCAAGCAGACUUUUUCCAACUCAUAACAUAUCGCGAGUGUGAACUUAGGGCUUCUGAAUUUCGACGCCUGGCUUUGGACUUGCACUCACAAAAUGAGAUAGCCGUCGAAGGUCAUGAUGCUGCUAUAGAUGCUUUGCUUUUGGCAGCUGAGUGCUACGUGAAUCCAUUUUUCAUGAUGUCUUAUAAAUCCAAUCCAAUGUUAAGGAGCUCACUGAACAUUAGCGAGACUACAGAUACAAAAAAUUGUGAAGUUCCGGAUUCGGGGAAUGAUUUUAAAAAGAAUUGUUUUGACAUGGAAAAACUAGCUCUUCUUGAAAAGGAACGAGACAUAAUUGUUCUUCAGCUGCUGCUUGAGGCUGCUGAAUUAGACAUGAAGUUUCAGAAAAGCACAUCAGAUGAGGAACAUGUUGUGGGAUACCCUGAAGAAAUUGAUGAACAAGUCAUAAAAUUAUCUUCCAGUGAUGUACAUUUGGCAGAUGCUAUCACUAUUGUUCGACAAAAUCAAGAUCUACUAUGCAGUUUUCUGAUUCGAUGGUUGAAGAAAGAACAACACUCGAUGCAUGAAAUUCUAAUGCAUUGUCUUGUUUUCUUCUUGCACUCAGCCACACAGCUGUACUGUGUCGCUGAAGAAGUGGUUGAUGUCAUAAUAAGAUCUGCCGAGUACCUCAACGCAGUGCUAAAAUCAUUUUAUUAUCAGUUUAAAGAAGGCAAUCUGCAGUUGGAUCCAGAGAAGAUACAUGGAGUGCAACGGCGUUGGGCUCUUCUUCAAAAAUUGGUAAUUUCUUCUAGUGGUGGUGAAGGGUCCGACUUUUCUGUCAAUGUAAAUAAUGGGUUUCGUUGCGGAAGCUUGAUUCCUCCAUCAGCCUGGAUGAAAAGGAUAUCUAAAUUUUCUCUGAGUUCUUAUCCCCUUGUAAGGUUUCUUGGAUGGAUGGCAAUAUCUCGAAAUGCAGAACACUAUAUAAAGGACAGGCUUUUCCUUGCUUCGGAUCUAUCACAACUGACAUGUUUACUUUCUAUAUUUACGGAUGAGCUAGCAGCAGUAGAUAAUGUUGUGCAUGAAAACCCAGAAAAUGGGAAGAUUGCAAGCCACAAUGGCUUUGAACUUUCUGUCCAACAACAUAGAGACCAAAAUUUUCAUGCUAUCUACCCUGAUCUCAGUAAGUUCUUUCCAAAUUUGAAAAAGCAAUUUGAAGUUUUCGGAGAGAACAUUUUGGAGGCUGUUGGGUUGCAACUGCGAUCUUUAUCUUCCACUCUUGUACCUGAUAUCUUGUGUUGGUUCUCUGAUCUGUGCUCAUGUCAUUUUAUGCAAAACUAUCAUAUUACUUCUCCAAAUGGUUCUGAUCAGGUGAAAGGUUAUGUAGCAAAGAAUGCCAAAGCUGUUAUCCUUUACAUUUUUGAAGCCAUUGUUUCUGAGCACAUGGACGCACUGGUGCCAGAGAUGCCUAGAGUAGUGCAAGUUUUGGUGUCCCUUUGUAAAGCCUCAUAUUGUGACGUGCCGUUUCUUGAUUCUGUAAUGCGCCUAUUGAAGCCACUCAUAUCAUAUUCAUUAUGCAAAGUAUCCGAUGAGGAAAGAACUUUGGUUGAUGAUCCGUGUCUUAAUUUUGAGUCAUUGUGCUUUGAGGAGCUUUUUGCUGAUAUUGGGUGGAAAAAGAACAGGGAAAUGCCUGCAGAAAAGAACUACAGCAGAGCUCUGACAAUUUUUGUCCUGGCUUCAGUCUUCUGUGAUUUAUCUUUUCAACGAAGAAGAGAAGUACUACAUUCCUUAAGUGUGUGGGCUGAUUUUCCUACUUUUGAGCCAACUACUUCUUUCCAUGACUACCUCUGUUCUUUUCAGAAUGUUAUGGAGAGCUGCAAAUUUUUGUUAGUUCAGGCGUUAAAAGUUCUCAAUGUUCUCCCUGUUCAGCUGUCACGGAUAUCUGAUAGCAGUCCAGGAUCAAUUCCUGACCAUAGUUCUGAGAUGCAUUCAUGGUUCCUUAGUGAUAUCUACCAGGAUUCUUGUCCACUAAAAAAUUCGGAGUUGGAGAGUAAUAUCUUUGAAGGUGUAGCUUCAAAUCAAAAGGAUAGUUAUUUAUCUGCAGACGAAAUAGAGUACUUCUCAAAUGGCUUGGAAGAUGUCAUUGCCAAGCUUAAUCCAACUAUUGAGCUCUGUUGGAAUCUCCAUCCCCAUCUGGCAAGGAAACUGGCUAUUGUAUCAGCUGAGUGUUUUAUCUACUCAAGAUGCUUAUGUUCAAUUGUGCCAAAAAGUGAAAAUGUUGAAGAAGAUAGCAGUGAAAAUUCUUUCCCAGUUAGGUCUAUUGAAGACUUUUCAGUUCAUUGGAGAAUCAGUUUAGAGGGUCUUGCUGAUGUUGUUGUCAAGCUUCAAGAAAAGCAUUGCUGGGAAGUUGCAUCUCUAGUUCUUGAUUGUCUGCUUGGGCUGCCCAGUUGUUUUCAGCUGGAUAAUGCAUUUGACAAAAUUUGUUGUGCUAUAAAAUAUUUCUCUUGCAGUGCACCGAAAAUUGCCUGGCGCUUGCAGUCUGAUAAAUGGCUGUCAAUGCUAUUUGUUCGAAGUAUCCCUAGCCUUCAUGAGAGUGAUGGGCCACUUAUUGAUUUAUUUGUCACACUGCUUGGUCAUUCAGAACCUGAGCAGCGGUUUAUUGCACUUAAGCACUUGGGUAGAUUGGUUGGUCAAGAUGGAAAUGCAGAAGCAGUUCUACGGUCUAAGACAGUUUCCAGUAAUCUACUUUCACCGGGCUCAGUUCUCUUAGUCUCUGAGCCAUUUUUGUCCAUUCUGGUUUCCAGUACAUGGGAGCGGGUAGUUUUGCUGGCAUCAUCUGAUGCACUAUUGCCUUUACGAGUUCAUGCUAUAGCACUUCUCACAAGCUACAUCCCAUAUGCUGCUCGUCACCUGUUACAAUCAUUUCUUUCUGCAGCUGAUAGUAUUCUUCAUAUUUUGGGAAAAAUUACCCAUCCAACAUGUGAGGGCCCAUUACUACGACUCUCGUUAGCACUUGUUGCUGGUGCAUGCCUGUACUCUUCUGCUGAAGACAUAUCUUUGAUACCUCAAGAAGUCUGGAGAAAUAUUGAGACUAUGGCCUCUGGAAAUGGAGGCAAGGUUGGUGAGCAGGAGAAAAGUGCUUGUGAAGUCUUGUGUAGAUUGAAAAAUGAAGGUGAUGAAGCCAAAGAGAAGGUCCUGAAAGAAGUGUUUUCAUUGAAUUCCUCAAAACAAGUGGAUCCAGAGUUCGGGAGCACCCGUGAAGCAAUUCUUCAGAUCCUUACCAAGCUAACCUCAGUCCACUCAUACUUUGAAAUGUUCUCGGGAAAGAUUGACCAAGAGGCGAUGGUACUUGAGGAGGCUGAGUUAGAAUUGGACAUUCUUCAAAAGGAGAAUGCAGCGGAAGAAUCAUCGAGAUGUAAGGAGGAGAAAAAGCAAAUGACCUGGUUCACCGCUUCUGGCAAGCAUGACAGCCGUCUUCAAGAAAUCAAAGAUCAGAUUCGUUCCUUAGAGAAAUCCAAAAUCCAAGAACAAAUUAUGGCCCGCAGGCAGAAGAAACUACUGAUGAGACAUGAUCGUCAGAAAUAUCUAGAAGAAGCUGCUUUACAGGAAGAUGAACUUCUGCAAGAACUUGAUAGGGAAAGGAUAGCUGAAGCAGAAAAGGAGAUUGAGAGACAGCGCUUGCUGGAACUUGAGCGUGCAAAAACUAGAGAGCUCCGUUACAAUCUUGAUAUGGAGAAGGAGAGACAAACACAGAGAGAACUUCAGCGUGAACUGGAACAAGCUGAAUCUACAUUGCGAUCAUCACGGCGUGACUUCACUUCAUCUACUCAUAACAGGGUUCGAGACAGAUAUCGUGAGAGGGAUAAUGGAAGACCAAAUAAUGAAGGGAAUACAAGAACCGGUAGUGGCAGUUUGCCGCCUGAAAUUUCCACUACCAAUGCAUCUAUGUCGAUGCCCACCGUUGUUUUGUCUGGGUCUAGAUCUUUCUCAGGCCAACCACCAACCAUUCUUCAAUCUCGUGAUCGCACUGACGAUUGUGGCAGCAGCAGUUACGAAGAAAAUUUUGAGGGAAGCAAGGAUUCUGGCGAUACUGGCAGUGUAGGAGAUCCCGAUCUGAUGUCAGCAUUUGAUGGACAACCUGGUGGAUUUGGGUCUGGUCAAAGGCAUGGAUCUAGAGGGAGCAAGUCUAGACAAGUAGUCGACAGGAGAGAAAGGGAUGGGAGGCGCGAAGGAAAGUGGGAACGGAAACAUUAAUGACCGUUGUCUUUCUGACAAGAUUGAAUUUUCGAUGAUGUUAGUUGGUGCAUUUUUGUAGUUUUUUUUUUUUUGAAAUUAGUGCAUUUAUGUAGUUUGAUUGUUGUUGCGCCAUUUUCUUAUCAUUUGAAACUGUUGUAAUGCUUUCAUGAUAUGAUUGUAUAGCUGCAGAUAAUUCAUCAUCUUAGCGUUACAUCCAUUACUUGA